AUGGGGUCAGCUCCGAGUAACACCCUUGAAGCAAUGCCUCCUGGCUGCCUCCUCUUCGCUGCACUGAAGCUCCCCGAUGAAGUUGGCAUGAGCAGCUUCAAGGCGGGAGAGGCGGAGUUCGGUCAUGACGGCAUUGCGGCGAGCGAUGGUGGCCGAGCGCUCGAUCUCGGUCGAAUCCGCGGCCGCAUUGGUGGGCCCCUGGGUCGAGUGGGGAGUCGAGCUGGGGCUCUGGAUGGGGUGGGGUCGACGGGCCAGGACGAGGCGAAGGGUUCGACGGGCCGUUGCCAGGAGCGGCGUUCAUGGCGGGGCCAGGAGCGGCGCCGAGGCGACGAGCCACGACCGAGUGCCCGGGGCGAACGGGGCUGA